AUGAUGAACAGUAUGCUUGGGAGUCUUCUGCUGGAGGUUCCUUCACUGUCCGUGCUGACCAUGGAAGACCAAACAGAGUACUUGGAAGAGAGGCGGGUCAAAGAAGUGGUGAAGAAGCACUCUCAGUUCAUAGGCUAUCCCAUCACACUUUAUCUGGAGAAAGAACGUGAGAAGGAAGUCAGUGAUGAUGAGGCUGAAGAAGAGAAAGAUGAGAAAGAAGAGGAAGAUAAAGAUGAUGAAGAGAAGCCUAAGUUUGAAGAUGUGGGCUCAGACGAGGAGGAUGAUAGUGGCAAAGAUAAGAAAAAGAAGACAAAGAAGAUAAAGGAGAAGUACAUUGAUCAGGAAGAACUGAACAAGACCAAGCCCAUUUGGACCAGGAACCCUGAUGACAUCACCCAGGAGGAAUAUGGAGAGUUCUACAAGAGUCUUACCAAUGACUGGGAAGAUCACUUGGCAGUGAAGCACUUCUCUGUAGAAGGUCAACUGGAAUUCAGAGCACUGCUGUUCAUCCCCCGUCGGGCUCCUUUUGACCUCUUCGAGAACAAAAAGAAAAAGAACAACAUCAAACUGUAUGUCCGCCGUGUGUUCAUCAUGGACAGCUGUGAUGAGUUGAUUCCGGAAUAUCUCAACUUCAUCCAUGGGGUGGUUGACUCUGAAGACCUUCCCCUGAACAUCUCCCGAGAAAUGCUCCAGCAGAGCAAAAUUUUGAAGGUUAUUCGUAAGAACAUUGUUAAGAAGUGCCUUGAGCUCUUCUCUGAGCUAGCGGAAGACAAGGAGAACUAUAAGAAGUUCUACGAGGCAUUCUCUAAAAACCUGAAGCUUGGAAUCCAUGAGGACUCCACUAACUGGCGACACCUUUCUGAGCUGCUGCGCUAUCACACAUCCCAGUCUGGAGACGAGAUGACUUCUCUCUCAGAAUAUGUGUCUCGCAUGAAGGAGACCCAGAAGUCCAUCUAUUACAUCACUGGUGAGAGCAAAGAGCAGGUUGCCAACUCCGCAUUUGUGGAGCGCAUGCGGCAGCGGGGCUUUGAGGUGGUGUACAUGACGGAGCCCAUCGAUGAGUACUGUGUACAGCAGCUCAAGGAGUUUAAUGGGAAGAGUCUGGUCUCUGUGACCAAGGAGGGCCUGGAGCUGCCCGAGGACGAGGAGGAGGAGAAGAAGAUGGAGGAGAGCAAGGCAAAGUUUGAGAACCUCUGCAAACUCAUGAAGGAGAUCCUGGAUAAGAAGGUGGAGAAGGUGACGAUCUCCAACAGGCUCGUGUCGUCACCCUGCUGCAUCGUGACCAGCACCUGUGGCUGGACCGCCAACAUGGAGCGCAUCAUGAAAGCCCAGGCGCUUCGGGACAACUCGACCAUGGGCUACAUGAUGGCCAAAAAGCACCUGGAGAUCAACCCUGACCACCCCAUUGUGGAGACCCUGCGGCAGAAGGCAGAGGCGGACAAAAACGAAAAGGCGGUCAAGGACCUGGUGGUGCUGCUGUUGGAAACUGCACUGCUCUCCUCUGGCUUCUCGCUUGAGGAUCCCCAGACCCACUCCAACUGCAUCUACCGCAUGAUAAAGCUCGGCCUGGGCAUCGAUGAAGAUGAGGUGACGGCAGAGGAGCCCAGCACUGCUGUUCCUGAUGAAAUUCCGCUCCUUGAGGGUGACGAGGACGCCUCUCGCAUGGAAGAAGUAGAUUAGGAGUUUCUACCUGCAGACUACUCCCUCUGUAUAGCGUCCCCAUGGCUCCUGCAGCAGCAGCAGCCCCAGUAGCCCUGGCCCAUGUGGUUCCCUCUGCCGAUGUCUAGUGGUUUUAUUUCUGUCCUUCUAAGGCAGGAUACAUGGACCUCAAGCCCUAUCCUUCCAUGUUUGACAUGGGGUUUGAAUGUUGUGUGUUGUGUUUUUUUUGUUUAUUUUGUUCUGAAAUUAAAGUAUUAAAGAAGAAAAAAAAAAAAAA